AUGGUGAUGGGACAGAACUAUCUGGAACACAAAGAGAAGAGUGUCAGCAACAGCUUUGUCACCAACAGCAUCGCUGGCAGCGUGGCAGAGAGCUACGACACAGAAAGUGGGUUUGAGGAUGCAGAGAGCUCUGACGUGGCCAACUACGUGGUGAGGUUCAUCAACCGGUUUGUGGACAAGGUCUGCACAGAGAGUGGAGUCACCAACGAGCACCUGAAGGGGCUGCACGUGAUGAUCCCUGACAUCGUGCAGAUGCACAUCGAGACGCUGGAUGCCGUGCACAGGGAGAGCAAGAGGCUUCCUCCCAUCCAGAAGCCAAAGCUGCUGCGGCCCAACCUGCUGGUGGGUGAGGAGUGUGUGAUGGAGGGGCUCCGCGUGUACCUCAUGCCUGACGGGAGAGAAGAAGCUGCUGGGGGCAGCAUUGGGGGCCCUCCCCUCCUCCCUGCAGAAGGAGCCAUCUUCCUCACCACUUACCGCAUCAUCUUCAAAGGCACUCCCACCGACCCCCUGGUGGGGGAGCAGGUGGUGAUCCGGUCCUUCCCCAUUGCCUCGCUGACCAAAGAGAAGAAGAUCAACAUCCAGGCCCAGGUGGAUCAAUUCAUCCAGGAGGGAUUGCAGCUGCGCUCCUGCACAUUCCAGCUGCUGAAGAUUGCCUUCGAUGAGGAGGUGGCUUCUGACAGCGCCGAGGUCUUCAGGAAGCACCUGCACAAACUGCGCUACCCCCAGCACGUGCGCGGCACCUUCGCCUUCACCGUGGGACAGUCCCCCAAGCAAGCCAUGCAGCCCAAGGCCAAGGAGAAGAACCCCUCACUCAGGACACUCUCCAAAAACCUGGUGAAAAACGCCAAGAAAACAAUCGGGCGCCAGUACGUGACGAGAAAGAAGUACCACCCCCCCCCCUGGGAGCAGAGGAGCAGCCAGAACUUCCCCGAGGACAACGAGGAUGAGAUCUCAGUGUCUGAAGAGAUGGACAGAAGCACUUUGACCCCCACCACCACCAUCAGACCUUCAGACAAGAUGACCAUCAACCACCUGGUGGAGCGAGCCUGCUGCCGGGACUACCAGCGGCUGGGCUUGGGCACGCUGAGCAGCAGCCUCACCCGCUCCAAGAACGAGCCCUUCCGCAUCUCCACCGUCAACCGCAUGUACGCCAUUUGCCGGAGCUACCCCGGGCUGCUGAUCGUGCCCCAGAGCAUCCAGGACAACACCAUCCAGCGCAUCUCCCGCUGUUACCGCCAGAACCGCUUCCCGGUGGUUUGCUGGCGCAGCUCCCGCACCAAGGCCGUGCUGCUGCGCUCGGGGGGGCUGCACGGCAAGGGCGUCGUCGGCCUCUUCAAGUCACAGAAUGCUCCCACCACAGGCCCCUCGCAGACAGACUCCACCAGUCUGGAGCAGGAGAAGUACCUCCAGGCUGUCAUUAACUCCAUGCCUCACUUCGCCGACGCCAGCGGGCGCAACACGCUCAGCGGCUUCACCUCUGCCCACAUGAGCAGCUCAGAUUUCUCCUCCGAGAAGCGUCAGCCCAAGCUGGGAUCGCUGAUGAAGCAGGUGAUGGGAGGGAAGGACGAUGGCCCCGGGCCUGCUGGCCACGGAGGGCUCGGGCACAGAGCCAGGGUCAUCACCCUGUCCACCCCCAAGUGCACAUCGGCGAAGGGCCGCGAGUCACCCCGAGGGAAGUGGGGCAGCAUCCGGGCCAGUGGGCGGCUGAGCAGCUACGGGCUGAACGUGGAGAUCGGGUCCCGCCUGGCCGGGAAGGAGCUCGUGGGCACCCAGCACAACGGCAGCGCCGAGCACAGCUUCCUGCGCCAGCACCGAGCGUCCCUCUACAUCAUCGGGGACAAGUCCCAGCUGAAGGGGGUGAAGCCAGACCCGCUGCAGCACUGGGAGGUGGUGCCCAUCGAGGUGUUCGACGUGCGGCAGGUCAAGGCCAGCUUCAAGAAGCUGAUGAAGGCUUGUGUGCCUGGCUGUGCUGCCACCGACCCCAGCCCUGCCUACCUGAGGUCCCUGGAGGAGUCUGAGUGGCUAUCCCAGCUCCACAAGAUCCUGCAGAUCUCAGUGUUGGUGGUGGAGCUCCUGGACACGGGUUCCUCGGUGCUGGUCAGCCUGGAGGAUGGCUGGGACAUCACCACACAGGUGGUCUCCUUGGUGCAGCUGCUGUCAGACCCCUACUACAGGACCCUGGAGGGCUUCCGCCUGCUGGUGGAGAAGGAGUGGUUGUCCUUUGGGCACCGCUUCAGCCACCGUGGGGCACAGACCCUGGCUGGGCAGAGCAGUGGCUUUGCCCCCAUCUUCCUCCAGUUCCUGGACUGUGUGCACCAGAUCCACCUGCAGUUCCCCAUGGAGUUUGAGUUCAGUCAGUACUACCUGAAGUUCCUCAGCUACCACUACAUUUCCAACCGGUUCCGGACCUUCCUGCUGGACUCCGACUACGAGCGCAUCGAGCUGGGGGUCCUGUACGAGGAGAAGGGGGAGCGGAAGAGCCAGCAGGUCUACAAAUCCAUCUGGGAUUACAUCGACCGCCUCAACAAGAAAGCCCCCAUCUUCUUCAACUACAUGUAUGCACCUGAGGAUGGGGAGGUGCUGAGGCCCUACAGCAACAUUUCCAACCUGAAGGUGUGGGACUACUACACGGAGGAGACUCUUUCCGAGGGCCCCUCCUAUGACUGGGAGCUGGCACAGGGGCAGCAGGAGCAGGUGGAGGAUGGGGACCGUCAGGACACGGGUGCCCCCCAGACCAAGCGCAAGGUCAUCUGGCCCUGCUAUGACAACUGCAGCCGCCUGGAGCCCGAUGCCAUCUCCAAACUGCUGGAGGAGCUGCAGAACCUGGAGAUGGAGCUGGGGCAGAUCCCGGAGCGCUGGAAGGAGACGUGGGAUAAGGUCAAAGCUUCCCAGCGCACCGAGGCCAAGCAGGAGGGCAGCCGGACCCCCAGCUCCCUCCUGAUGUCCUCGGGGCUCUCCCACCACCGCCGCUCCCUGGGGGUCUACCUGCAGGAGGGGGGGGUGGGCUCCACCCUCAACCUCAGCCUGGACAGUGACACCAGCAGCACCUCCACCCCCUCCAGCGGGAAGGCGGGCGGGCGCCGCAGCACCCCCACCCUCUACAGCCACUUCCAGAUGUCUGAGAGCGAGAACAGGUCCUACGAGGGGUCCCUGUACAAGAAAGGAGCCUUCAUGAAACCCUGGAAGCCCCGCUGGUUCGUGCUGGAUAAAACCAAACAUCAGCUGCGGUACUACGACAGUCGGAUGGACACGGAGUGCAAGGGCAUCAUCGACCUGGCUGAGGUGGAGUCCAUCACCCCAGGGACCCCCACCAUGGGUGCCCCCAAGACAGUGGAUGAGAAAGCCUUCUUUGAUCUGAAGACAACAAAACGAGUUUACAAUUUCUGUGCCCAGGACGUGCAGGUGGCCCAGCAGUGGAUCGACCGCAUCCAGAGCUGUUUGUCCGACGCCUGAGACACCAUUCCAGGCACCCACCCCCCCGUGGGCACCCACCCCCCGUGGGCACCCACCCCUCGCAGGCACAGCCGUGGGGCAGAGCCGUGGGGCAGAGCCGUGGGGCACAGGAGCUGCCCCCCCACCCCCUUUUCUCCCACACACCAGGGGACCCCGCGGCCACGCGUCCCGGGUGGGACAGGACUGUGACACUGCAGAGAGGAGGAAUUCUGGGUGGGGGGUGUGGGUGGGAGCCUGGCCUGCCCCGUGUGGCCCCCCCAGCCCUGUCUGAGCCCU